UCUUUCUUUUCUCUCUCCACCAACACCACUAACAUUACCAACUCAACCCACUGCCUCUUCCCCCUCCGCUGCGGACCUAACGUUACCGAAGCCACUGCAGUCAAUCCGUCGUCAAAGCCCGAGGACAGAAUAGGAGCGACGCGCUACUGCGACUUCCUCGCCCAGAAAAGUAACCGUUACCGACAGCGCCCGUUCAGUUCCGCGAGAUUCUCCGCAAGGCGAAGACAACCCCGGCCACAGAAUGGGAAAUGAGGCGAGUUAUCCUUUGGAGAUGUGCUCACACUUUGAUGCUGAUGAGAUUAAAAGACUAGGAAAGCGGUUUAAGAAACUCGACCUGGAUAACUCCGGUUCUCUCAGCGUGGAGGAGUUCAUGUCUCUACCCGAGUUGCAGCAGAAUCCGCUGGUGCAGCGAGUCAUUGAAAUAUUCGACACAGACGGAAACGGAGAAGUGGACUUUAAAGAGUUCAUUGAAGGCGUCUCUCAGUUCAGCGUCAAGGGCGACAAGGAGCAGAAGCUCCGCUUUGCCUUCAGGAUUUAUGACAUGGAUAAGGAUGGCUACAUAUCCAACGGUGAGCUGUUCCAGGUGCUGAAGAUGAUGGUUGGGAAUAACCUGAAGGACACCCAGCUGCAGCAGAUCGUCGACAAAACCAUCAUCAACGCAGACAAGGAUGGGGACGGAAGGAUAUCUUUCGAGGAGUUCUGCGCUGUUGUUGGUGGCUUAGACAUUCACAAAAAGAUGGUGGUGGACGUGUGAAAAGAUGGAACACCCUCUUUUCACUUCUCCAUUUCUGAGAAUCAGCUCCAGAUGUUCCGCUCACACGCUCUCUCUCUCUCUCUCUCUCUUUCUUGUUCUCUGUCUUUCUAUGGAAGUAUUUCUCUAAAUGAUGCCUGUUCCCCGUCUGUACUCCCUGAGCCUAGUGACGCCUGCCAUCCUAAGUGUUAUAGAGCAUGAGAUUCUUCUGUCCACAUUCUCGGGUAUUUAAGGACAGUCAGAGAGAUGGCUUCUCUGUCGAUUACGGAGUGAUUCAGUGUGGUGGAGAAGGGAAAGAGGAGGGUGUGUGUGUGUGUGUGUGUGUGUGUGUGUGUGUGUGUGUGUGUGUGUGUGUGCGUGUGCGUGUGUGUCUUUAUUUUUCUUUUUGAAGGGGGGAUUUUUGUAUUUAUUUUGGUCCUGUUUUUUUUUUAAAGAUGAUCUAGGUCUACAGGGAAUGGUGUGUAUGUGAGCGAUAUAUGACUUGACGCUUGAUUUCAGUGCAACAUGCUUCAAGCAUGAAGUGCCAAUCAAAACGUGGGAUUUAACAAUACCUGAAUAUUGGAAUCGCUAUCAAAUGUUUUUCAUGUCAUGGGGAGAUUAAAAAAAGUUUAUUAUCAAGCUUAUUGUUUUUUUUUUUUUUUUUUUUGCUUCCACCUCUUUUUAGCAAAUGCCUGCUUCAGAUCUCAUGCAACAUGCAAAUCCGAUUUUUUACCGAGAAUGUGUGUUAAUACUGUCAGGGAGUUCAUCUACCGUCUUGCUUUCUAAUAUACAGUAGACUAGGAUAAAAAGCAAAUAUAUUUGAAGUUGUGCAUAUAUAAUGCGUAUGGUUUACUUUUAAGAGCUGUGUUUUAUCGCAGGGGUCGGGUGGGGAGGGACGAUCAGAUCACAUCAGGUUACUGUAGGAUGGAACAGUGCCAUCAGUAAAACUUCUGGACUUUUUUGUGUGUCUGUUCUGGAUUUAUUACCAUUUUAACACCACAAACGAGUCAUUUUGAUUUACCUCUAGACACUGUAGAUACAUUCGAGGAUACAGUGCAUAUUGUGGCAAACUGAAUCCACAAUAACAUUUGAAUAUUUGUGAAAUGUAAGGUUAAUUUUUUUUCCAACUUGACUGCAGGCAGCAUUGUAAAGCCCUUAUAGCUGAUAUUUGUAUAUUAGGGAUUGAAAGACCGUUUUUCUUUCACAGAUCGUCGAAGCACGCAAAACCAGAUGAUGAUCAGUUUAUCUUUUCCUUCGUCAUUUCAAAGACUGAUCCGUGGGAUUCAAUAGUUCAAAAAGGAGAGACCAAAGCAGACUCUUUCGGUGUGGAUGAAUAAACUCGACGCGUUCGGCCACUCCGCUGUUUUGUUUUGCUUUAAAUGUGAUUCUCCCGCGCAAACCGGCGUUUCCCGCCAGCUGCUGCACGGUGAUGACGCUUAAAUAUGUCUGUCUUCGAAGACCGUCGAGGUCUUCUGAUGCGUUUGCAUGAUAAUGGAGGGUUUCUCUCUCACACUUUUUUGUUGUUGUUGUUGUGCAUGUAGAUCUAAUUUUUUGGGAGGGGGGCGGGGGGUAUGUCUUGUUUACAUAUGAAUCAUACUAUUGAGAUAUAAUAUGAAUGGUAUAUAUAUAUAUAUAUAUGGACGUUGCCAAACUUUUGGUAAAUGUUUAAAUAAAUGGAAACAAUUUUAAAGCAAGUUUUUUUUCACUACAUAUAUCCCUUAUUAUUAUUAUUAUUAUUAUUAUUAUUAAAAUGAAAAAAUAAGAAUGUGUGAGUUAUUCUGGAUUGGUGUGCAUCUCUCUAAAAAAUGAUUUCCUCUUAAAAAAAAAAAAAAAAGGAGUUUUAUUUUCCUUCCUUUCCGUUCGCUUUUUUUUUUUUUUUUUGUUGUUGUACAGAAUGUAUUUGUUAAUGCUCCUUGCUUUCGGUUCUAUUUUGUAUUUCUUUAGCUGGGGGUCAGACAGCCAUCUGUAUAACUUUCGACUGGAGAGCCGUGGUUUUUGGACACAAAACAUAGAAGUGGAUGAAAACAUUUCGCUUUUAGGUUGAACGUUUUGUUUCUUUCUUCAUUUCUUUGCAUGCUGCGUCAAAUGCUGUGGGAACCAUUGAAAUGUCAUUCAUGAAAAUGAGAAAUAAAAUAUUUGAGACUUGUACAA